AUGUUUUUCAACGGUCUGUUACUCUUUCUACCGGGUGUCUUCAUCUCCCUUGGCGGUGCUGCUUGCCCCGAUGAUAAUCACUAUUGGGAGACGGAUAUCAACCGCGACUGUGGUCAGGUCGAGAACGGCGCGAAGUUCCAGCAGGUCGGUGCCAUGCAAUGGGGCGAGCGAGAUGCGAAUGGAAAUCUCCCCUACAACUACAACACUAAAAUAUGCCUCACCAAAACUCCUGGGUGUGAUUGCAUUCGACUCUCGAGUGCCGAGGAUCACAAGGUCAAUCGUUUCUACCUUGCUACUGGCUUCUUCAUCGCCAUCUUUAGGUACGAGCUUCGCUACCUCGGGACGCUUAUGGGGUUUGUGCUGAUGAACAGACAGCGACGACAACUGCAAAAAAGGCAAGGUGACGGUCGAGGGCCAGAUUGGUUCGCUGUUCGGGGAGUACAAGAUCCGCAGCUACACGGCCUGGAAACAUUGAUAGAGUUCGAUGUUUCUAUUGCGAAGCAAACAUUUGAGAGGGCACUGGAAUCAUAUUCAACAGGGUCAUAG